UUGACCUUACGAAGGUAGUGGGUAGUAAAGAAGUAUUGUAAGAGAUGUUGUAGGGAAGUUGUAGGAUUAUGCGAAGUGGUGACUGGCAAGUUAGCGUAGCGUGAUAGGCACGUCUGGGUAUUAAGAAUGCGAUUAUCUAGAAGGAAACCCUACUUGGUUCUUUCCCGGAUAACCAUUAGGAUGAUUUCCAAUGCCAAAAUCUGCCAUUUGAAUCCUCCUCCAAGGAGAGAUUCGCUAGCGUUAUCCUUGAAGAUCAAUAAUGACUUGAUGAACCACUUCAAAAACUGCAUUAAGAGAAAUAUUAUACCCAAAUUGGUUAUUAAGAAUGGUCAAAUUUUAAUUAAAAUAACUGAAGAUUUAAUAUUCCCAUGUAAUCAAAUUCCGGAGAACUUGAAAUUCGAUAUUUAUGCCAAUGAUGAAAGGAAUAACUACAAGUUUGAAGGUACGGUUAAUAACCGAUUAAACGUACUUAAUGAUUCUAAGCAAGCUAAAAAUAUCUUGAAAAAUUUAGAUAAUAAUCAACCAAUAAGUUUACCAAAUAGUCCAUUACCACUGGCAAAUCAAAAGUCAUCGCUAGCAUUAGACCAUAACCCAUAUAAGAUAAAUCAAAAUGAUUCCAAAUUAAUUAUUUUAGAAAAAUUCUUAUGUUUAAUUGCAUUGGGUCCAAUUACCAUAGACAAAAUUUAUAAAAUUUUAUCAACGGAUGAUAAUCUUUUGAAAAAUUUAAUAGAUAAUUAUACUCAAGUGUAUGAUCCAAAUGAUUCGUUUAUAAUUGAUGAUGUUUUCCCUAAUUUGGAAGUGAACGAAUCAAUCGACAAAAAUCAAAAUUCUUUGAUUUUGAAAGAUAAAGCUUAUAAAGAAUUGAAACCAUGGAACUGGAAAUGGUUUAAUGAUUUCGAAAGAAACUUGAUCAUAAACAAUAUUAAUAAUGCAUUAACUAGACUAGGUUUUUCGGAUACUCAUCCGUUAAGAAGAAAAAUUACUAAUCCGGAUUUAUCGAAUAAUUUAAAUCCAAGUAAAUUAGGUGGAGGUUUUUUAACUUCAAAUAAAAAAUUUAAAAAAUCUUUAACUGACCUGCCUAAGUUAUUACCUGAUAAUAAAAUUCUUUCUACGAGUAAAACCACUUCUCCUAAGAAAAGAACCAAUUCGAGUGAUGACGAAAAGAAAGCGAAAGCUUUAAAGAAAAAUCCUGAAGAUGACGAUAAACCAAUUGAAAAAAAAUUAAAAUACUAUAAUGAUUUAGCAAUCAAAUUUAAAGAAAAAUAUAACGAUUAUGAAAAACUAUAUACUUACUUAAAGAAUCAUAAAAAAUCCGACCAAAAGAAACAAUUGAUUAAGUUAUUCGAAUUACAUCUGAAAUUAUCAGAAUGGAAAAGAAAACUAUGGGAUUAUAAUAAUGAAUAUAAAUUAAAAGAAAAUAUAAUGACAUUAUCCAAGCACAAAAAGACCAAAAAUCAAACAACAUCAAUUCCUAAAAAUGAUAAACUUCAAAAAAUUUCAUUAGAUUACUAA